CCGUGAAUUCGACUGGCACAUAAAACUGUCUGCGGGCUCGACGCGCAUAUAAGCGUGUAUACAGCUCUCUUCCAGCGUGCGGUUUGUACUGAAACUAUCCGCUCCCUUAGUGGACGUCUAAUAUUGGCUCUCAAUACAAGUUUACGCUUUUGCGCCCAAACCAGGUGGACCCAUGUAUCUGUUUGCAUCUCUCUGAAGUUGGAUAAGAGAUGACGGGUUCAUAGCGGACGCAUAAGGUGGCCUGAAUCGCGACCAAAUAAGGAAUAACAAUUGAAGACAACAUCCGAAGUUGGCAUGAAGCCGCGCGCUUUGUAACACAAUCAAUCUAAUGAGGUUUUAUGUCCAGGAUUAUUGCUCAAAUACUAUACAAUAUUUCCUGUAAUAAUUAUAUAUUUUAUUUCACGAUGAACUCCAGAAGCGCGCCGUUUUGUUCAGCUGGUUGGGAGUCAAUGGUGCUGUCCAGCGUCCUGCUUUUUCACGUCAUUCUGUAUGCUAAUGGCAGUUCAUUCAUCUCAAAUUCUACCCUCACUAACUCCUCUAACUUAAUAGGGGUGGGGCUUAAGUCUGCACUUCCUGGUGUGGCCACACCCAUUGCCCUAGCUCAAGUUCACUCUCAGAAACUGCAAGCCGGGGAGGAGUCUGGUAGUGUUGAAGAAAGUGGGACCUCAGCCAGUGCUACCACUGACAUCAGUGCUGUUUCUGCUGAGCGAGAACACCCGAUAGAUCUGACACUAGGUGGCAUGGCUGCCAGACUGCCAACUCUGGCUGAAACCUGGGCACAUGGCCUGCCCCAGCUAGACUUCAAUGAGGAGGUCAUUGGGGACAGCGCCCCACGUUGGAAGAGCGAGAGACUACAAGCAGACGGGACAUUGUUAAAUCUUGACAAAACGCAUCCAGUUACACAUCCUCUUCGUUAUGAGUCCACCCAUUCCCAAUCGGAAGAUAUUAUCACAGUGAAGUUUUACAAUCCUCCUCCCCAUUAUAUCGUCCCUGAUACUCCUGCUCGGGCUCAGAAGCUCCAGGGAGGAGAUCCAACAUCAUGGACACUUUCUAACUUUUAUGAUUAUUUGUCACCUGACUAUUCCCCUACCGAAGUUUACCCAGACGAGAGUGAACCAACAUCCCCUGACAUGCAAGAUGAAAAUGUUCGUCUUGUUGCUGGCACAGUGCCCUCUAACACUAAAACUUUUGCCUCUGAUGACGGUGCGUCAGGAGGUUAUGACCCUGCAGGAGCAAAGGAUCUGGCAGACAACUCAGGUUGUCUUCUUGGAUUUGUGCGUAGCAAUGGCACAUGUGUCUCGCCAUGUGAAAUCUACACCAGUUACUGCUUCAAUGGAGGACAGUGUUAUGUGGUUGACAGUAUUGGUGCUUUCUGUCGGUGUAAUGUCCAGGAUUAUAUCUGGAACAAGGGUUCCAGGUGUGAAUCUGUCAUUUCCGACUUCCAGGUGAUGUGUAUAGCAGUGGGUGGAGCCACAAUCAUGUUGCUGCUCCUCUUUAUGGUUAUCGUCUUUUUCUCCAAGAGGCUGCACCUGCUUAAGACUGAAAACAGACGACUUCGCAAGCGCAGUAAGUACCGGCCACAGUCGGAGCAACACAUCGAUAACUUCUCACUAUCCACUGUCGCAGAGGGAUCUCAGGCAAAUGAUGACACUACCAAGGAGGAGCCAGUCAAAUCUCCCCCUAAAGAGGACGAGUCUCCGAACAUCCAGAACUCACUCACACCAAAACUUGAAAACAACAAGGCUGCCAGUGAAAACAAUGCAGAGGAGGGUGGUGUGACCAUCGACUUAGAGUUGCUCCUCCCCAAAGAGGCAAAAAUGCACCCUGAGACAAGCCCCCCACUGCACUACAAUGUCUUCCUCUACAAGCUUCCCAAGUCCCCCAAAAAGUCCCCUGUGCUGCACCGGCCUCCUGGCAAAUCUCGACAGGGACGGCCUCUGUCCCAGCUCUGCCCCAGACGCAGCUCCGAGCCCGGCUACAGCCCUAUUAGCACACGCUCCCUACCGGGAGUGCUCUCCGGGUCAUCCAGCCCUCGCCUGGGCAUGGCCUACACACCUUAAAAUAGUUAAAGCCUUUAACAAUGAGAUGAAAAUGAUGAACCUGAAAUGACAAAUUACACAUUCAUGUAUGUGACUUGACCGUGACAAUUUUAGAGACAAUGCGAUUGCUGGUGAAACAUGAAUUGAGGGUCUUUUGGUUAAAGAGAAAACACCAAUAAUGUAUCACAAGCUAAUGAGCAUCUGUACUGUACAGACAUGAUUUGGGACACAAUUUACAAGCAUUGGCCUUGACUCAUGUAUGGCCAAAACAAAAUAGCACAGCAGCAUGAUAAAGAAGGUUAAAGCUGAUGUGUGUGAUUUUUUAAUGUUAAAAUUCUAAGUAAGCCAUUUGUUGGUUGUUUUCACCGAAAAGUGUAAAACUGUAGCUCUGUGAUGCUAUUAAAUCAUUCCUCUGGUUGAGCGGCCGUCCAUUCCAACAGCAACAUUGGCUCAACCAAUGGUGUGUGUUUUGGGUGGGACUAUCUGUUUGUACAACCAAUGGAAGAUGGGGGAAUUUUUCUGGAAUCUGUUUCAAAUCAGCAAUUCCUUUUGAAAUUCCAUUUGGUGACGCUCAUGGUGCAGAAAGUACACACUUCAGCUUUAAAGCAGAUCAUGAAUGAAAAGAUGAUUAGCAGGAUUACCCAACAUAAAUCUAACGAAUUAUAAAGGGAAAAAUAAUAAAUGAAAGCACUAUUAUUUGGCAUUACACAAAUGUGGAUAUGAGUUAUGAUGCCAUGUUUCAUGUCGUAUUUUGUCAAACAGCACACAGUCAUAUUGCACACACACAUGCAUUCACAGAAAAGAUGGAACCUGUAAACAUUCAGGGCAAACAAUCAACUUGAUAACUAUUAUACUUAAGGUAAUUUUUGUGUUUCAAUGUUAGACUAAUACUUAAACUAAGAAUAAAGAGUUUUAGAAUUGUUCAAAUUGAUGCCAUUAUUGCUGGUUAUUUGGACACAAAAAAAGUGACUUAAACGUUGUCUGGAAAGACAAACAUUGUAAGUAGAAGUUGCUAUUUGCCCCAGUCUUGAAGGACGUACUUCUGUACAAUUCCAUACAGUAUGUAUCAAAAAAACAACACAAAUUCAGCCAAAUUGCUCUAACUUACACAUUUAACUACUCAGUUCUUGUACACGCAAUGUAUAUGUGCUACUAUAAGUUUAGAGUAUGCUGGUAAUCUAAACUAAUACCAUGUUCUCUAAGCAAUUUCACAUCACUAAGAGUGUGCUAUUCUGCUCAGGCCAAAACCAUCUAACAAAGAAAAACUGGGUCAGCUACUCUCCCAGAGCUCACUCUGUCAAAGCAAGUCAAAAGCAGCGACGGUGUGCACAGACUGCAGAAAUAAGACGUAGUGACUUAGAGGAGAGAAGGGCUCUUGAGCUUGCAACUAAGAUAAAACGAUUUCUGACUAGCAAUAAACACACUGCAACUAUGCACACAUGCAUUUGAAUAUGUAUGCAUGCAUUAUGUUUGCUAUUUUCAUGUUUACUUGCAACACAUCGAUACUGUGUUCAGUACUAGAUUUUAACUUUGAAACCUCUUAUCCAAAUCCUCCUCCCUCUGCCCUCUUUAUUAAUACAGUAUAGGACAAUUCCAGAUCUGUUGUGUUUGGAAAAAAGUUUUCAUUUACUUGAAUCAUGUCUGUAUCUCCGUCACUUUGACCUGUCAAACAUUACAGCAUUCCUUUUAAAUUUUUUGGAGAGGAUGGAUGUGCGUAUAAAAAUUCUGUGGCUUUUUGGUAAAUGGAGCCAAUGAACAAAGCAUGUUGAUU